CCGGGCGGGGGAAGUUGCGAGAGCCUUGCGGCCAUGGCCACGCCGCCGGUGGGCCCGGACCCCGGCUCCAGCCCCGCCGCGCCGCCGCCGGACCUCCACGCCAUGCCCAUGGUGGCGCUCAACUACAGCCUACGGCGCCGCCUCAGCCUCUACCUCAACCCGCGGGCGGCGGCGGCCGCCGACUGGACCACACUGGCGGAGGCGCUGGGCUGCGAGUACCUGGAGAUCCGGCGGCUGGAGGCGCAGCCCGACCCCACCGCCGCGCUGCUGCAGGACUGGCAGUGCCGCUGCCCCGGCGGCGCCACCGUCGGCCGCCUCCUCGACCUCCUGCGCCGGCUCGGCCGCGACGACGUACUCCUUGACCUGUCCGGCAGCGUGGAGGAGGACUGCAGGAAGUACUUACAGAAGAAGCAGGAGGAGGCUGACCAGCCGCUUCAGGUGCCAGCAGUAGACAGCAGUGUGCCAAGGACGUCAGAGCUGAUGGGCAUCACCACCAGGGACGAUCCCUAUGGGAACAGAACAGAGAUGUUUGAUGCCUUCAUCUGCUACUGUCAGAAAGACCUUCAGUUUGUCCAGGAGAUGAUCAGGGAGCUGGAACAAACGGAGUUCAAACUGAAGCUCUGUGUAUUUGAUCGGGAUGUCUUGCCAGGAACAUGUGUGUGGUCCAUCAGUGGAGAACUUAUAGAAAGGAGGUGUCGGAGGAUGGUGGUUGUCAUUUCAGAUGAUUACCUGGAAAGCGAUGAAUGUGAUUUUCAGACCAAAUUUGCUCUUAGCCUUUCCCCAGGUGCUCGCCUCAAACGGCUGAUUCCAGUCAAGUGCAAAACCAUGAAGAAUGAGUUCCCAAGCAUCUUACGGUUCAUUACCAUUUGUGACUACACCAAUCCUUGCACCAAAAAGUGGUUCUGGACAAGACUGGCAAAAUCCCUCAUGCUGCCGUGAUGCAAAGUCACAAGAGCGAGAUGUUCUUGUGCACUCUAUCCUGGCUGUGCCUUUGGACUGUGGUGUCUUUUCACACAGGAUCUUGAACAGUCAGAGCCUGGAUCCUUGCAGUCAGUGUUUGGAGCCUGUGACCGGGAGCAAAGAAUCUUCUCAUGUACUUCUUCAUAACUUGGAAGGGGAAAUAAAGCAACUCUGUGGCUGUUCCUGCU